CUGUUAUAAUUUGGGUAGACAAGAUGCACUGAGUGAGGCUUCUCUGCUUCAAUCUGACCCAGUUCUGCCUUGCUCUCCAGAAUGCUGUGUCCUUGGCUCCCUGGAGGCUUCUGCGUGGCAUCUCUGACAGUAACACUGCUAGUGCUGAGUCCUCCUCUGGCUUUGUCCAGGGACACACGACCGCGUUUUUUGGAGUAUAUUAAAUGGGAGUGUCAGUUCUCCAAUGGGACCCAGAAGGUGCGGCUCCUGAUUAGCUGGAUCUCCAAACAGGAGGAGAAUGUGCGGUUUGAUAGUGACGUGGGAGAGCACCGCGCGGUGAAUGAGCUGGGGCGGCCAGACGCCGAGCUCUGGAACAGCCAGAAGGACGUCCUGGAGCAGAGGCGCGCCUCGGUGGACACAGUGUGCAGACACAACUACCAGGUUGGAGAGAAGUUCACAGUGCUGCGCAGAGUUGAGCCCAAGGUGACCGUGUACCCCACAAGGACCCAGCCCUUGCAGCACCACAACCUUCUGGUCUGCUCUGUGAGUGGCUUCUACCCAGGACACAUUGAAGUCAGAUGGUUCCGGAAUGGGCAGGAGCAGGAGGCCGGGGUGGUGUCCACAGACCUGAUCCAGAAUGGAGACUGGACCUUCCAGACCCUGGUCAUGCUGGAAACUGUUCCUCAGAGUGGAGAGGUUUAUGCCUGCCAGGUGGAGCAUGUGAGCUGGAGCAGCCCUGUCACUGUGGAAUGGAGGCCAGAGUCUGGAUCUGCCCAGAGCAAGAUGCUGAGUGGAGUUGGCAGCUUUGUGCUGGGUCUGCUCUUUCUUGGGUCAGGUCUGUUCAUCUACUCCAGGAAUCAGUAAAGAGCUCUCUGGAGUUCAACCAACAGGACUCCUGAGCUAAAGAGAUGGUGAGAGCACUGAAGGAAGGGCCUGUGUCCCUGCUCUCCAAGACUUCUCCACAUUGUGUCCGGCUUCCUGCUUGGCUCGUUCUCUCACAGAGAGAAGCUCUCCUGGUGCCCAGGACCACAGAGAACGUAUCCUCCCUGAUGGCUUCCUCUGCCCCUGGGCCCCACCUGGAGGCCCACACUGCAGGGCCUUCCCUCCAUUCCCUCCUUGCCCUUAUGUGCUCAGCAUUCACCUGCUCAGUGCUUCUACACAUCCCCUUGUGCAACGCUGCUUUAUUACAUUUUUCUCAAAUAAACAGGGAGUGGAAAAUCACCUGCUUCUUACAAUUCUGAGGUAAAAAACUAGAAGUGAACAGGAGGAUGACAUCACAGCGUACCGCUGGUUCCCAUUUGUGUGUGAGAGGAUGCAUAUGGUAAACAGGUUGUGUUAGCCAGGUUGCAGGGUCUAGAGAUUAAAGCAUCAUAUUCUGUGAAAUAAACAUAUGCAACUUUCUCUUCUAAUUUAUGUAUCUCACCAAAAUAGUAAUGAGUUUUUUUUUACUGUAAAACAAAACAAAACAAAACAAAAAAAGCAUAAAAAGGAUGAUACAGAAUUUGGAAACAACAUAAUGGGAGAUUAAAAUGGUUAGUAUAAUGCAUAUUGUUAUUUUGAAAGUCAUUGCUGAGCUUACAAUACGUAGGCAUAAGAAAUGAUCAAACUAUGAUAACAUAUAUAUAUAUGUGUGUGUGUGUGUGUGUGAGUGUGAAAUCUUUUCCCUUUUUGUUUUCUCAUUUGCCUGAACCCAAUUCUUUCUUUUUUUCCCGUUUUACUUUUACAGUAUCUAUUACACAAUUUUAAUAUUACUCGUUCAGCUUGUUCACUAAGGAGACAAUAUGAUUUUUACCAGUGAGUCUGAUUUACUUCACUUAUUGGUAUGGUCUCAAGUUGCAUCCAUUUACCUAUAAAAAUCUAAAGUUUGUCCUUCUUUAUAGCUGAGUGGUACCCCAUUGUAUAAAAAUACCACAUCUGUUUUAUGCAAGCUGCGGUUAGUGGUCAUUUGGGUUGUUUCCAAGGUUUAACUACUACAAAUUCCGCUGUUAUAAACAUAAGUGCACCUACAGUGCUGUGCUAUGAUGUUUUCAAUUCUUCUGGGAGAAUCCCCGGAAAGGGCGUAGUUGGGUGGAAUGGGACUUCCAAUGCUAGUUUGUGAGGAAUCUCACACUAAUUUCCACAGCCAUUGCACCACCAGCACUCUCAGCAACAGUGGAGAAGCAUUCCUUUGUCCCCAUGGUCCCACCCACAUUUGUUAUUGAUUGAUUUCUUGAUGACAACCAUUCCUUAUGCAGUGAGACGGAAUCUCAGUGUUGUUUUACUUUGUAUUUCUCAAAUGACUGGUGACAUUAAACAUUUUUUCAAGUA